AAGAGCUUCUUCUCGUCUUUCAACCGGCUCACUCGCCUGCCUACACGAUGGCCGAGGGAGGCGGACCCGACUCGGGCGGCUCGGCGGACUCUGAUUCGGAGGUGCCAAUCGCAUCCACGGAAAGCCAAAAACAAACUAUCGGUUCGCUGCUAAAGACCACGCUCAGAAAAGGCGACGAAUGGUAUCUUGUUGACAGCCGUUGGUUCAAACAGUGGAAGAAAUAUGUGGGUUUCGACAACUGGGAGAUGUACAAUGUUGGAGAGCGUACCCUCUAUCCAGGACCCAUUGACAACUCUGGCUUGUUUUCAGACCAGGACAAACAGAUCCUGAAAGACCACCUUAUAGAUGAACUGGACUAUGUCCUUGUGCCCACUGAGGCAUGGAAUAAGCUUGUCAGCUGGUACAGCUGCCUGGGUGUCCAACGACCCAUUGUCAGGAAGGUAGUUGAACAUGGAAUGUUUGUCAAACACUGCAAGGUGGAGGUCUACCUGCUGGAGUUGAACUUAUGUGAGAAUGAUAACAUGGAUGUUGUGGUUACACGCCACUUCAGUAAAGCUGACACCAUUGAUACCAUAGAGAAAGAGAUGAGGACACUGUUCAAUAUUCCACAGGAGAAGGAAACCAGGCUCUGGAACAAAUAUAUGAGCAACACCUAUGAGCAACUGAGCAAGCCUGACAGCACUGUACAGGACGCUGGCCUCUUCCAGGGGCAGGUGCUUGUCAUUGAGCGCAGGAAUGAAGAUGGAACGUGGCCCAGGCAAGCGUCUCAUCCCAAAUCCAGCACAACCCCAUCGAGGACUUUCACCACCUCGCCCAAACUCUCCUCCAGCUCGUCGGCCAGUAUCUCCCCCGCCGUCAUCAAUGGAAACAGCAGUUGCGGUGCCGGCUACUCGCUUAACAACAGCGCCACGACCGGCAGCAGUCUGGGGUCUUAUAAUUCUUACAGCUCCUCUUACAACUAUAGAGAGUCCCAGUCCCAGUCUGGCCUAUGUGGUCUCAGUAAUCUAGGAAACACGUGCUUCAUGAACUCUGCUCUCCAGUGCCUGAGCAACGUGUCCCCGCUCACCGAAUAUUUCCUCAACGACCAAUACGAGGCCGAGAUUAACCGAGGCAAUCCGCUGGGAAUGCGUGGUGAGAUCGCAGAGGCCUACGCUGAUCUAGUGAAGCAAAUGUGGCUCAGCCGGAGCAGCUCUGUGGCCCCGCGUACCUUCAAAACCCAAGUGGGGCGCUUUGCUCCCCAGUUUUCGGGCUAUCAGCAGCAGGACUCCCAAGAGCUGCUAGCCUUCUUGCUUGACGGGCUCCACGAAGAUCUGAACCGUGUGAAGAAGAAGCCUUACCUUGCCCAAAGGGAUGCCGAGGGCCGUCCCGAUGAGAUAGUUGCAACGGAAGCCUGGAAAAACCAUCGCUUACGCAACGACUCGAUCAUCGUCGACAUCUUACACGGCCUUUUCAAGUCCACUCUGGUGUGUCCGGAGUGCUCCAAGGUGUCUGUGACCUUCGACCCCUUCUGCUACCUCACCCUGCCGCUGCCCAUGAAGAUCGACCGAACCAUGGAGGUCGUUUUUGUGCGAUCCGACCCGCAGUCCAGACCCACCCUGUAUCGAGUUGUGGUUCACAAACUGGGGACGGUGACGGAGUUGUGCAGCGCGUUGUCCAGACUUUGCGGAAUUCCUCCAGAAAAUAUGGUGGUGGCUGAUGUUUAUAAUCAUAGGUUCCAUAAAAUUUACAGAAGGGACGACGGCCUCAAUCACAUCAUGGACAAAGACGACAUCUUUGUGUAUGAGGUGCAGGAGGAGGACGGCGAGACGAUGAACCUACCGGUCUAUUUCAGGGAACGACAUUCGAAACACGCCGGAAGCUCCUCCAGCAAUAUGCUGUUUGGCCAGCCUUUAGUCAUCACCGUGCCCCGGCAAAACCUCAUAGCAGACGUUCUUUAUGAGAAGAUCCUGCAGAGGAUUGGGCGCUAUGUAAAACUCCCAACGAGCGGCGGGACUGAAAGCAGAGCCUCGGCUUCAGCCGCCUCCGCCAGCUGCAGUCAAGUUCCUGAAUGUUCCACAUCAUCCAGUACCAAUGCCAGCUUGGGUGGCUGCGGCAGCCCAUUGUCGGACGGGGCCACCUGCAGCGCCAGCUCCAGUAACGGCACCAACCACUCCGGAACUUGCAGCGAAACCAACGGCUAUGAUGGGGAGGAGGAGGCCAUGGACCACCAGGUGAGUCCAGAGCCGCAGAACGGCCAGUCCGAGGAGGAGGAAGAGGAGGCAUCCGAUUUGGAAAACGGCACAAAAGAGGACAAAGCCAAGACGGGCUCGCUACCGGCCAAGCUCUUCACCUUCAGCGUGGUCAACUCUUAUGGAACGGCCAACAUCAGCCCUCUGCCUUGUGACGGGAAUGUCCUCAAACUUAAUCCACAUUCCACUGUGGCUAUCGACUGGGACCCGGAAUACAGGAAGAUGUGUUAUGAUGAUCAGGAAGCAGAGGCAUAUGAGAAGCAUGACAGCAUGCUCCAGCCCCCCAAAAAGAAAGCCACCGUGGCUCUGAGAGAGUGCAUCGAGCUCUUCACGACCAUGGAGACACUCGGCGCUCAUGAUCCAUGGUAUUGUCCCACCUGCAAGAAACACCAACGAGCCACAAAAAAGUUUGACCUCUGGUCAUUGCCUCGUAUCCUUGUCGUUCAUCUGAAGCGCUUCUCUUACAACAGAUGCUGGAGGGACAAACUGGACACAGUAGUGGAUUUUCCCAUCAGAGAUCUGAACAUGUCCGAGUUUUUAUGUGACCCCAAGGCUGGGCCUCACACAUAUGACCUCGUCGCUGUGUCCAAUCAUUACGGAGGAAUGGGAGGAGGCCACUACACGGCGUACGGCAAGAAUAAAGUGGACGGAAAGUGGUAUCACUUUGACGACAGCAGUGUGUCGUCCUCGGAAGAGGACCAGAUUGUGACUAAAGCGGCCUACGUGCUGUUCUAUCAGCGCAGGGAAGAGGAAGGUCAGCCCUCCGCCUCGCUGGGAGGAGCCCCUGACGCCGCAGACGACCACAUGGAUUUAAAUUGAACCACAUGAUGGCCAAACAGACACGCAAACGCUGCUGAAGUGACAGACUAUCAAUAAUAUCCCCACCAUAGCGAUAAUCUUUGAUUUAAGUCUUGAGAGAAUGACAAAGCCAGUUAGUUAAGAGGCGAAAAAUGUUCACUCUGGAUAACCGAAUGCUUGCGGCCCUCCACAAAGCAGUACGGAUUUUUUUUUUUUUUUUAAAAGCCAAAUGCAAAGCUCGUUUCAACCAAAGUGUUCUGAGUUGUGUAUGAAAGUUUGGAUGAGUAUGCUGUGAGGCAUCAACUCCACUUUUUCCUGGACAUUACUUAGGGUAUGCUGUUUCUGACCCUAAAAAGAGCAACUUGCUCCUCCCAUACACAACUUCAUUUAAUUCUAAUAAACUGCAAAAAGCAGCCUUUAGUUUGCUGCUAGCUGACUGAGAAAGAAGCACUUUGACAUCUUUGUGAAUACAACAGCUACCCGCUUCUGGUGUUGACCCUGGGAAUUCAGGGUUAUCUGUCAUACAAUUCCACUUUUUUUUUUUUUUUGCAAACUGCUUGUGAUAAAUCAUGUACAUGAAUGCACCACUAUUGAAAUGGCUACAUUGUUUGAUAUGUUACAAGCGCAUUGGAGACAUAAAGUAGAGCUUUAUUCAAAAAGAUUGAUCCUCCUGGUCGAUCUGUAAUAUCAGAUGGAGGCAGGGCGAGCAGCAUCCAGUCAAUGAUUUUAGUACGCUGUCCUAGACUGAAUAGAUUACUGAUAUAUUCUACUAGUCUAUAAUAAAAAAAAUCCCACUAAGCACAGUUAGUGGAUAUGGGAAUGUUCUGCUGAUUCGAAGGCAUUUAGAAGGUUUUCGUAGUAGCCGUUAAAUGAAUGGUGGCUGUCAUGUUGUACCAGGCAAAAAAUUACUUCUGUUAUUCUAUAUGCCACUGAUAUGUCAUAGAUGAAAUCUUAAUUCAGCAGCAAAAAAAACCCCAGUCAGUGGAUUUUCGUCUUGGGUCGCUAAAUUCAAAAGAAUCCAAUCGAACUGAUGAAAUGUAAAUAGUCACACUAUUAUAAAUAGGUGUAAACAUAUUGUCCUCAUAUUUAUCAUGCUGAUAACAGGAUUUGUUUUUAAAUGGAAAAUAUUUGAAGUCAAACUACAAUAAAGACUGGAUGCCUCAACGAUAA